AUGGCGCGGAUAAAGAAGAAGGGACAGGCCGGUGCGGCCAAGAACUUCGUGACGCGAAACCAGGCGAUCCGAAAAUUGCAGCUCAGUCUUCCCGAUUUCCGAAAGCUUUGCAUUUGGAAGGGCAUCUAUCCCCGAGAGCCUCGCAGCAAGAAGAAGGUUUCCAAGUCGUCCACUGCCUCGACCACCUUUUACUACACCAAGGACAUUCAGUAUCUUCUUCACGAGCCGCUGGUGCAAAAGUUCCGCGACCACAAGGUUCUCGAGAAGAAGAUUUCAAGAGCAUUGGGCCGAGGAGAUGUCAGCGAUGCCGCUCGACUGGAGGGCAAUGCAAGCCGACCAGACAAGACCGGAAAGCCGACCUACACUCUGGACCAUGUUGUCCGCGAGCGCUACCCGACUUUUGUCGACGCAUUGAGGGAUCUGGAUGACUGUCUCUCUAUGCUCUUCCUCUUUGCCAACCUGCCCUCGACCUCCAUGGUGCCCGCCAAGAUGAUUGCCCGCUGCGAGCGAUUGUGCCUCGAGUUCCAGCACUAUCUCAUUGUUUCCAAGAGCCUUACAAAGUCCUUCUUGUCUAUUAAGGGUAUCUACUACCAGGCAAACAUCCAGGGCGAGGAGGUUCUGUGGCUGGUUCCGUACAAGUUCAACCAGAGAAUUGUCGGCGAUGUCGACUUCCGUAUCAUGGGAACCUUUGUCGAGUUCUACAUGACACUUCUCGGCUUUGUCAACUUCAGGCUUUAUACCUCAAUUGGCCUCAAGUACCCGCCCAAGUUCGAUGCUGUCAAGGAUGAGGAUGCUGCCGAGCUGGGCGCCUUUACCCUGGAAGGCAAGACUCUGGUUGGCAACGAAGAGCAGAGCAAGUUGGAGGACGUCGCCCACAAGCCAGACCCCAAGGUCCAAGCUGCCGUCAACAAGGUUCUCAAGAACAUGACAAAUGGUGCUGCUAAUGACGACGCCUCAAUGGCAGGCACUCAGGAGGUAGAUGAAGAUGCCGCUGGUGCCAUUGACAAGUUCGAGCCCGCUGCUCCUGGAGGCGACAUCCUCCCCCAGCCAUCAUACACUGGCACCAACCCCAACAACCUCUUUUCAAACUUCACAAUUUACCUGUCCCGUGAGACUCCCCGCCAGCCCCUAGAGUUCAUCCUCAAGUCUUUCGGCUGCAAGCGUGUCGGCUGGGACGCCGUCCUCGGUGGUGGCGCUUUCACAACUGAUGAGCUUGACCCAUCAAUCACUCACCAGAUCGUCGACCGACCCCCGAUACAAGCUUCAAUGAAUGAGGAAGGUGAUGGCGAGGAUAACCAGACGGCGCAAAAGCUGGCAGCCAACAGACGUGUGCCGGGCCGGAUAUACAUCCAGCCUCAGUGGGUCUGGGACUCUGUCAACGAUGGUGAGCUCAAAGAGCCUCAUGUGUAUGCGCCAGGUGCAUCACUGCCACCGCAUCUGAGUCCCUUUGUCAGAAAGGUGCAGGGAGCCUAUGAUCCCACAAUGUCUCUUGAGGAGCAGGAGACUGAGCGCGAAGCCCUCGAGGCUGAGGAUGAUGAGGAUGAAGAUGAAAACGAGGACGAGGCCGACGAAGAUGAAGCCGAGGAUGAAGAGGAUGAAGAUGAAGAUGAGGAUGCAGAUGAGGCUCUACAGCGACAGAUUGAGCUUGAAGCUGAAAUGUCUGGCAAGACAGUCAAUUCAAAGGCUGCUAACCCGAAGACCAAGGCCAAGGAGGAUGCAAAGAAGGCACUCGCAAAGAAGGCCCGUGAAGAGGCCGAAGACCUGGACCGAGCCAAGGGAAUGCUGAGCAAGAAGAAGAGAAAGCUCUUUGAGCAGAUGCAGUACACAAACAACAAGAAGAGCGCAGAGGAUGCUAAGCUGCGAUCUAAGAGGAGAAAGCUGGAAAAGGAAAAGGCCAACGGCAAGGCUGAACUCAUUUAUGUCACGAAGCAGCUGUCUGUCGCUGAUGAGGUGAUUGCCGGCCAAGGCAUGGAUCGAAGCUCUCCCGAAUGGGAUCUCGACAGCGACGAGAUCGCAUCCGUCACAUCCCAAGAUCUACACGAUAACCGACCAAACCGAUGGACGGGAACCCAGAGAACAUGGCAGCGCUUGACGGCGGAGGAGCGGCGGCUCUGGCAAUCGAUGGAGGCUGUCGAGGGUCAAGAUUUGGCGAUUCACUUGUAUAACGCAUAUGCGCUGAAGAGGCGCGGAAGAGAUUCUCAAACUGCGCAGGAUGUGACGGUUACCUUGGAAAACGGAGAGCAGGGCAUAUGGGCGCCUCCUCGAGUUUGGACAGCGUGGCCGCUAAACGAAAGUCGUGUUCCACAGCAGAAGCACAUUCGGAGAGAGGAUGACGAUGGGUAUGGGAGAUUUACAUUUCGCAAGGCGGAGCGACGGAUGCCUAGCUCUGAGCUGCAUGAGGAGCUAGGAGCGACGAUAUUGAGGCUGGCUGGGGAGCGUUUUCACAGAAGCAAGGCUAGAGAGCAGAGGAAAACUAGAGAAGGCCAAGACACAUCCGGCGUAUUGAAUCCAUCUUCUGAGGAUGAGAAAAUGAUGCUUGAUGAUGAAGGGGGCGAAGAUGAAGCAGCACUACCAAAAAGAAAGAAGGGAGAGAUACCAGGGUCCAAAGAGCCUGUUAUGUCUUCCAACGACGAUCUAUCUUAUGAAAUCAUUCGGCCAUCUGUUCGACAUAUACUUUCACAGCUCGACUCGACCUUGCAGAUCCUCCACAAUGCUCGCAUCGCCACCACAAACUAUGCAUCCGAUUCUUCAGCAACCUCCGACUCGGAAUCUGAUGCCAAUUCCGGCCGCAAGCGUGGACGUGGACGUCCUCGAACUAGCAAAAGAGGCCGUCCACGGAAGGUCCACAUCCCUCACGAAGGCGAGACGCAUGAAGAAAUGCUUAUUCGCAUCGCCCGCCAAUCCCACAGAAGACUCCCGACAGUAGCGCAAGACAGAGACGCAGCGUUCGAGGAAUGGCUUCGCCAGGGCGAUGAGAGGCUGGCGCGCGAAGAGGCCCUCCUUAGAGAGGAGGAAGAGCUGGGCAUCGAGCCUCAGGACAGCGCCCAGGAGAGACGGCUUCGCAGGCUUGGCCUCCGUGACUGGAGCGACGUUGUCGGCGCUGCUGCCCUGGCAGGCUUCUCGCCUCAGGUUAUUGCCCGGACGGCAAAGCGAUGUGCUAAUCUAUUCGGCCAAGGCAUGGUGAUGAGGCGUCUGGACGAGGCGCCUGCUUCCAGAGCGCCGGCCUUUCACACCAUGGAGUACCGGCCGGAGAAGAUCAAGCUCGGCUCGGACGAAGAUUCAGAUUCAGACAGCCAAGCGUCGCUGGCCCGCCUCUCGAGCCGCGGCCGUAGUUUGUCCCCUUUCCGCGGCCGCUCCUCGCCUCACUCGGCGUCCUCCGCCUUCGGCUUCCACCUUUGCCCGGUCCCGACGUGCGAGCGCUCGGCUACGGGCUUCACGAGGAGGCAGAAUCUACGGCGGCAUAUGCAGCUUGUGCAUCCUGGAAGGGGAGACGAGGAUGAGGAGUGGGAUAGUGAGGAUGAGAUGCUCGGUGCGGUGCAUGUGGAUGGUUUCUUGAAGCCGAUUAAUCCUGCUAGGGGAUGGAGGGAGAGCGUGGCGGCGAGCUCGUUGGUGAUUAGGAAAAGAGGGCGAGAGAGGCGGACGGGAGAAGAUGACGACGAUGACGAUGAUUAUAAUAGGGGGUCAUGA